AUGACCCAUCUCGUUCAUCUCACCAAUGCACGCCUCGCUACGGGCGACCGACUUGUUUCGGGAGACCUGUGGUGUGACCCUGAGGCUGGCGUUUUCGUCCCCCCGCCUAACCCCGCAUCGCCGGCGUCAGCCAUAGAUCUCCAGAAUCGCAUUGUGGCCCCGGGGUUCUUGGAUCUGCAGAUCAAUGGCGCCUAUGGCUUUGAUUUCUCGGAAGACCCUGCCGGAGAGCAUGCUGGCAUCUCGUACACUGAGCGGUACGGUGAUGUCCGGCGGAAGCUCAUCGCUACCGGUACAACCAGCUUCUUGCCUACGAUGACGAGCCAGUUGCCAGAUCGAUAUCAUCAGAACCUACCAUUCCUAGGCCCUUCGAAUUCCCGCGAUCCUUAUGACGGAACCGAGUCCCUCGGCGCCCAUUGCGAAGGACCUUUCUUUGCCCAUAAUCGAAUGGGGGUCCAUCUGCCUCAUGCUAUCCACGCUUCCGGGUCAACCAGCGAACCCAAGCGUGUUUUUGAAACCUAUGGAGCAAGCAAUUUGGUUGAUUCAGAUCUUCUCUCAGUGGAGAAAGAGCCCGGUUCAAUCCCAUCUCAUGUUCGCAUGAUCACCAUCGCACCAGAGCGACCAGGUGGCUUAGAAACCAUCAGACAACUCAGUCAAAAGGGAAUCAUCAUGAGUAUCGGUCAUAUGGCAGCCAACUACCAGCAGGCCAGGGCAGGAAUUGACGCAGGAGCGACCAUGAUCACCCAUUUGUAUAAUCAGAUGAAUGGCCACCAUCACCGUGAGCCUGGGCCAUUAGGAAUGUUGGGUGGCGCAAGCGAUGUGGAUUCCCAGAAUGAAGCUAAGAACCUGAAGCAAAGCGGAAACAGCGAUGCGAUCAAUCGUCCCUAUUUUGGCAUCAUUGCAGACGGGAAUCAUGUUCAUCCGGCGAGUGUCCGACUGGCCUAUCUGACACACCCUGAAGGCCUCGUGCUGGUGACUGACGCCUUGUUGCUUCUUGGUGGUGAGGAUGGCACCAUUGACUGGCUCACAAGGCGGCUUACGAAGAAGGGUAUUUCUGUCAAGCUGGAAGGCACGGAUAUCAUCGCAGGAAGCUGUGUGACGCUCCUCCAGUGUCUGAAUAAUUUCCGCCGGUGGACAGGUGUCUCUAUUCCUGUCGCGCUGCAGGCGGUAACUUCCAGACCGGCUACGGUGCUUGGCUUGGCACAUAUUAAAGGGACUUUGCAACCUGGUGCUGAUGCUGACUUUGUGGUCUUAAGGGAGGAGUCAGUGCCGGGACAGUCAACCUCGGAUCUAGCUGUAGACCAGGUGUGGAAAUUCGGGGUGAAGGUAUUCGACGAAAGCGCUACAUAA